AUGGAGCCAUCCUUCCAAGGCAACCAAUUCUUCCCCGGCACAGCUGCCUACAAUCGUGCCAACAACAUCUACGCUACGUCAACCUAUGGUGUGAGCCGCGACAUGAACCCUUCCGAGAUCCUCCAGCCCGCAAGUGUCGAGGAUAUUCCAAACGUCGUAAAAGCUGCUGCCCAAAUGGGCAAGCCCCUUACCACCAGACUAUAG